CUAGAUUAUUCCGAUGGUGCAGCAGUUUGUUUCCGACAGUCUGGGCCGCCCCUUCAUCGAGGCUCCGCCCUUCAACCUGAGCAACACUUUCGGCGACAGCCACUGUUGCGCACCCCUCAUCUUCAUCCUGUCUCCGGGCUCGGACCCCAUGGCGGCUCUGCUCAAGUUUGGACACGAAAAGGGCUUUACAGGGGACAAGCUGACGUCGCUUUCCCUUGGCCAAGGCCAAGGUCCCAUCGCCAUGAAAAUGAUCGAGUCGGGUAUCGCGGACGGCACCUGGGUGGUUCUGCAGAACUGUCACUUGGCCACAUCCUGGAUGUCCACAUUGGAGAGAGUCUGCGAG